ACAGACAGACACUUCUGCUACUUUAAUUAUCCUUUUUUUCACUUAAUUUCAAGGGAAAACAUUCAACUUCAGUAGCACCCCAACGAAGUCUAUUUCCAUUAAUACCUUCAAGAAUCUGUUCUUGGGCCUAGCGAAGCCAAAAACAACAAAGAACUCUACUGGGAAAGCUUCAAGUAGUAUUUCUCAGGAAGGACUUAGGAAUGCAAUGACGAUUACUCUUCCUGGGCUAUAUGUUAAUGGGAAUCUCAAUUCACUGGAGUUUUUCGAGUUUUUAUUUGAUGAGAUCAGUGCCCAGCACAGGGUCUAUAAAUACACCAGUGAAGCUGUGAGGAAGGAUGUACAGCAAUCUGCCUCAACUUUUCUGGAUACAAUAGUCAAAAAGGGCAACAAGCAGUUCCAGCCAGAAGAUAUCAAAGCACCAAGAAAUACUCCUUUACCAGUCUAUAUUAUUGAGAUACUACUCCUAGUUGCCUCAGCCAGGUAUUCUGUCCUCAAAUGCCUACAGUCUCUGGUCAAAAAGCAAUUAUACUGGGCAUGUAAGACCCUCAUCUCCUCAUCUCAAGUACAAGACACAUAUUUACAGCCAGAAGUAGUAACAUACUUUACCAAGACCAUCCUUCCAAAAACAGACUGUGGUGCCAUUCCUGAUGAAGUCUUCAAAAAGUGGAUCACUAAUAUCAAUGCCGUUUUUAAUUUUAAUGUUCUCUUUGAUUUUGUCUGUGACAUGUUUAACACAGGAAGUAAAAGGAAAGGACUGGAAGGCUUAGCGCUGAAGAAAAAAGCCAUCAUCCUCUCCCAGACGUUAACAGAAUCAAUAUUGAUUCACUCCUAUGGCCAUGAUAGGUCUAAUGUUGAAAAAUAUCUCAAAGCUGUGCAGGAAAAGUUCCCAAGUGACACAGCCAAAAAACUAGGUAUUCCAACCACUACAUGGGAGCAACUAGAGAUUGAAUUUGUCUACAAACCAAGUUUUCAAGCCCUGGAAGCCAUAAGGAACAGUAUGGGCAGCCAGAACAAAGUGGAGUUUCUUAAAAAACAAAAUAUUCUUAUACAGUUUCUAAAGAAAAAUGGCAGGUUUUUGCAAGAAGCUGUAAUUGAAAUUUUUGUCAAACGAGAAAUGUAUAAAGAUUUACUAGAGUGCUUGAAUGGGGUGACUGAUGGUUAUAAUGGUUACGAGAUAAACUUCUCUCAGAUUAAUACAAGUCUAGAAGAGGUGAAACGAAUGGGAGACAAGAAUAAGGCCAUGUCAUUGGCUGAGGCAUUGAAGGAUUAUGUGUCCUCCACUCUCGUUCAAGCAAGUUUCAGUUCUUCUUUUAGACAAUAUACAAAACCUAUUCCUAAUCAAGUAAGCAAGUGCGUUAAGAUGUUUCAUUCUAUAAGCAGAGUCCUUUUCAUGUCAAUCAUCAAGAAAGCCAUCGAUACUGUAACUGAGAAAUAUUUGAGGAACACUGUCAGUUACAAUAAACGGGAGGAACUGGGAAGGUGGCUCAUGGAGAUUAAGGCAAUCUUUAUCUCAGUGCAUGAAAUUCUAGAGUGGUCGGUAAUAUUUAAGGAAAUCCUACAAGGGCCACUCAAGCGAAAACAUCAAAUUAUAACGACUCUUCAAUUCUGGAAGCCAUGUCUGUACUAACAUACUGUAAAUAUGUCGCCUAUCAAGUUUCAUACUUUGGAUUUUUAAAGGUAAUUGCUUGGCAACUGUGCCUUUAGUUCCAAGGAGUUCUACACUAAAGACAUGUCUGGUGUUACCAUCUUGUUCACUGACGAUAGAAAUCCAUUGAGGCGACAGGCCGUAGUGACUAAUACCCAUGUCUUGUCUUGUCAUGAUUCGUGGAAUGACAAACCACAGUGAUUUUAUAUAAAGGCAAGGCUGGAAAGGAUAUCAUUUGGAAAACAGAUAGUUUUUUGGCUCGUUCUAGUUAACAGUAAGUUAAAAGUAAACCUCUUGGCAGGUAAUCUAACCAAGGGUGUGCCACAAGGUUCUAAUCUUGGACCACAUUCAAGAUAGUUUUUUAAGAUCCUAGUCAGGGUUUUUCAUUAUGUCCCAAUCUUGCUGUCUGAUGAAGUAGGACUCAGGGUACGUAAUCCAUCAAAGGCUUGCCCUGGUUUUCAUCUUUCGAGGCAUUAGAAAUUAUGGCAACCAGCAAUAAUUCUUCUGGAUGGAUGUGUUUGAUUUGUUGAACCAUUCAGUUUGUUUAUAAUUAUGGUGUUCCUCAAGUUCUGCAAGUGGGUUGAUUUUUUAAACUGUACACCGGGCAUAAUGUUAUAGACGAAAAAAUUGGAUUACUGAGGUACUAAUUCCAAGAUCCCAAUGCGUCAUCGUCAAGCAAAACAUGUGGUGUACCCCACAGCCCAACAUUGAAUUGCUGACGAAAUCCGAGACGAACUUUUUACAUUAGAGGGCUUUUCAUAUUUCUGUGACCUCCACAACUUCCAGACGUCUUAGUUUGGCUUCUGUCAAUCAAAAAUAUGCUAAUUCAGACCAUUGGAUAUAUGAUGGAUGGAAGUCAAAAUGCGAGAAAAUGGGCCGCAUCUGGAGUCGCAGAAACAUAAAAAGCUAUAUUAAAUAGUUAGUGUGGCAUGGCAGUCUGUUGUUGUUGCAGAUGAGGUGUCUUUCUUUGUUAAAAACAACUAGGCCUUGAACGACAUGCCUAGAAACGUUCAUCUUUUUCUAUUCAUUAUAACAAUGAGCGAUAGAUGAACAAUGACAUAAGAAAAUAGUUAUAUUUUAUAUAAUAAUAUUAGAAUAUAAAAAUGAAACAAGUUACAUUUAGUGAGCCCUUUGGGGCAAUAACAAUAAAGAAAAUUAUUAUUCA